AUGUCUCAGCAUAUGGAAGAAUUACGUAUUGGUGAUUGCAUUGAAGUAAAGGGUCCUCUUGGUACAUUCGCAUAUAAUGGUCGUGGACAAUAUCAAAUUAAAAAUGGUACUAAAGAGACACUACAUAAAUGCAAAAAGAUUAGUUUAAUUUGUGGUGGAUCGGGUAUAACACCUGCAUACCAAGUAAUUCAAUCUGUAUUUCGAGACCCGAAGGACAACACUGAACUGUCUUUAAUAUAUGCAAAUAGAGGUGAAUCUGAUAUAUUAUUAAAAAAUGAAUUAGAUGGAAUUGCAAUCCGUGACAAAAGAUUCAAAGUAUACUAUACAUUAGAUGAUCCACCUAAAGAUUGGCCGUAUGGAAAAGGAUUUGUUUCUGAGACGAUGAUUCGUGAACGGUUGCAUGCGCCUAUGAAAAAUGCUCAAAGUAUUGUACUGAUGUGUGGACCUCCACCAAUGUUGGAAUUUGCUUGCAUACCAAACUUAAAGAAAAUUGGAUUCAAAGAUUCGGAAUACUUUAUCUUUUAA